AUGCUCCGCCCGGUGAUUCGAGGAGCUCGGUGGUAUCAGCAUGUGGCCCACUCGAGCAAUUCGGCGGCCUCGCCUUGCUCUUUUGCACGAACAUUCACGGCGAUAGCGCCGCGAUCGAUCAAUUAUGGCGGUCCUAAUGAUAAGGUCAAAUUCUACGAGCAGGACACUUUACGGAGCACGAAGAGACGGAAAAUCGAUCCGGAAGCGGAGGAUAAUGCGGAAAGGGAAGAAGUGGCGCGUGAACUUUCGCAGUUGGAUCGUGAUCUAGAGGCCAUGAAGGAGGAUCCGUUUGGCCCAAACAGCAGCUUUAUACAAAGUCUACCGGAGGAUGAAAGGGCUAUUGCAUUGGAAGCCUUGCGAAAACAAGAAGCGAAUGAUGGCAAAGAUGAGCCUGUCACCUUUGAUGACGUUUUUGACGAGGAGUUGGACCAGAUGCUUAAAGAGGAGUUUGAGGGUCUAGCCUUGGAGGAAGAGAAUUGGAUGCGAAAAAAGAAAGGAAAGCCGGAGAAGGAAGCUGAACGACAACCAUACCAACUCGCACUCGAGGAGUCGGAGCAUAGCAACUAUAUUGAUAGAUUCAACCGUUCUUUAGAGCGGUAUGCUAUCAAUGAGUCCAAUGAUAAAGCGAGCCACGAGCUCUGGAAGUGGUAUCGAGGAUGCAGACAGAUCGUUCCCAGGUUUGUCAAUGCGAUACCUGAGGAAGCUAUGACGCUGCUAUGGUCCUCCCAGACUUCACACGCGGCUCGUAUACAAGUACUAGCUGAAGACGUCUUAUCUGCUGGCCGGUCUCUCCCCACAGGGCAUAUACUUUCCUACAUAAAAUCUCUGCACCAGCUGGGCAAGACCAAAGCUGCCUUGGAUCAAUGGGAGAUACACCAGGCUGGACUUAGCCAGCAGAAAGAAGACCUUGAAGCUUACUGGAAGCUCGGGGUACAGCUCUUUACGGCCGAAGGCAAUCCACAGCGAGCUCAGGAUAUUGCGCUAGCAUUCAUGACAAAUGCCAACUCUCAACAAGCUCGCGUCCUUAUUCCCAUCAUUACCGCUUGGGGACGACAGUCUGGGAGAGAAGCAGAAUUCAAAUUGUGGGCUCUUUAUUUACAACUGAAAGCGAUGCUUCGGCAUGAGAUGACCAUGAAGGAUUAUGAUCAGAUCAGCAUUGGGCUUUUAAAAGGUGGAAAACUCAACCUCGCCAUUGCCGUGUUCAAAGAUAUGAUGGUAACUGGCAAAGAUUCGGCAAACGACUCAACGACACUGUACACUGCAGCUCUUGGGCUGGCGGGUAACUUGCAGGCGUCAGCCGUUUCCGAAAAGGAAGUUAACAGAGUUUCCCUUUCGACGCUGACGGUUCUACCCCGUCGAUACGAGAAUCGAUUCUUCUAUGCCAGCUGGUUGAAGAAAUUGAUCGGAAUGGGUGAAGUCGACUCCGCGGCUUCCGUGAUUGAGUUGAUGUAUGAACGAGGCGUCAGGCCAGAUCCCAAACAUCUCAACGGUCUGAUUGCUGGCUGGCUACGUGAAGGAAGUGCACCUGCUCGAGACAGGGCCGAACACCUAGGCUGGUCUAUGAUUAAGCAGCGGAUAGACCGAGAUUCGCAAGCCGACGAAACCGAGUUGGCGCCCCCGGGAACCCGACGCCCAGGUGCUCGAAUUCCUCAAUUCAUGCAACGGCCGAUGCCUGCAGCCACCAUUGAAACUUUUUCAAUUCUACUCCUCCACUACACACGGCGAGGCGAAGACGAAGCAAUCGAGCAUCUUGUCAACAGCCUCACGCGCACUCGUAUCCAGCCAAACUCUUAUUUCAUGAACCACCUCCUUUAUGCUGAACUCCGAAAACAAAACAUCAACGCCCUUUGGAACAAAUUCAGAGCACUUUCAUCUAGUGUGCAGCCGGAUCUCGAGACAUACGCUUGUCUCUGGGACUGCGGUAAAGUUCAAUACGAUCGCAGCCGCACAGCUUAUCUUUCCGACUUCCCAACGGCCCGCGCCCUUUACGCCGAAAUGAUUACCUGGUUCUUCAAACUCUCCACUAGAGCCCAAACCACGACACAGGAAGACUUUUCCAAAGAUCUCUACGAUCAAAUCAUUCGGUGUUUCUGUCUUUCCAAAGACCUCCCAGGCACCCUCGUCGCUCUCUCCUCCCUCCGUUUAACCUUUGGCUUUCAUCCCGACGAAGCAACGGCCCGCCUAAUCAUCCUGUCAAUUGCGCGUCACGCCGCCGUCCCAUCAGACACUCCCAAACGCCGUCUCCGUCGUCUCUCCUCAACGCCGCAAAGUAAGGCGAAUAUCGCCUACGUUCAACGCCUCGUUGAGCUCCUUAGUGAUCGCAAGUCUGCGGCGCUUGAACCAAGAGGGCUUACCAUCGGGUCGCUGGAUCCACAUGAAAAAGAGACGCAUCAGCUUGAGAUCAUGACUGAUUUGCUGCGCAUUGUCAUGGGUCAGGUCAAUGCUCGCACUAACCAAGCGCCUGAUCCUGAUCGUGUGGAAGAGCAGCUCUGUUCGGUCGCGGUCGAGAUGGGCGUGCCUGGGAUUUAUCUUGGGCCGAAGUUGGGUGACGAGAACUCCGGUCUGAUUUCGAUGAGAUAG